AUGGCUCUGUACGUUUCUCUUCAAAGCGGUCAGUUUUGGUUCCCUGCUCAAGUGUAUAAGAUGACUCCUCGUCCAAGGGCAUAUGAUGCGCUUCUUAGCUAUGAUCAUAUUUCAAACACCUUUCAAGCAAGGUGUCCUACAGGUGAAUGGCCAAUAAUUGAAAACAGUAUAACGUGGGACAGGUUACGAUCCCCCCCAGUUCACAUUUCUCCUUGUACUCUUUAUGUAUCCAAUAAUAAUGGUCUGAAACCUGGUGACCAUAUUGAGAUUCAGAGCAAAAGAGGCAGCUUAACUUAUGAUUGGUAUUACGGUGUUAUUGGUCACUUGCAAUCAUGUGAUGAAGAUCAUUGCAGUUGCGAAUAUAGCGAAAUGUUGGUGGUGUCGUUCAAAUUACAACGUAGAGAUCGCUCGCGGUGGGAAUCAGUAUUACUAAAUAGGCAGAUGAACGGGGAACAAAAAGCCAGACCUUGGAAAUUCGGAGGUAUUAGAAAACUGGAAAACUUGGAAGAUAUUCGAAGCUGGAAUGCAGAAUAUCAUACGUAG